GGCGGCGGCCAUCUUGGCGGCGGAGCCAUGAGCGGGUCCAACCCGAGGGCUGCGGCCGCGGGCUCGGCGGCUGGGCCCGGGGGGCUCCUGGCUGGCAAGGAGGAGAAGAAGAAGGCGGGCGGCGGUGUCCUGAACCGGCUCAAGGCGCGGCGGCAGGCGGCCGACGACAGCAUCGGGGCAGCGGUCACGGAGCAGGAGCUGCUGGCUCUGGACACCAUCCGGCCCGAGCACGUCCUGCGCCUCAGCCGGGCCACCGAGAAUUAUUUAUGUAAACCGGAAGACAACGUCUACAGUAUUGAUUUCACUCGCUUCAAAAUUCGAGACUUGGAGACAGGGACAGUGCUUUUUGAGAUUGCCAAACCUCGUGUUUCAGACCAAGAGGAGGAGGAGGAGGAGGAGGAAGGUGGGGAUGUGGAUGUCAGUGCAGGACGUUUCGUCCGUUAUCAGUUCACACCCGCAUUUCUGCGCCUCCGGACAGUUGGGGCUACGGUGGAGUUCACAGUGGGAGACAAACCUGUGUCAAACUUCCGGAUGAUCGAACGGCACUAUUUCCGGGAACGCUUGCUGAAGAACUUUGACUUUGAUUUCGGCUUCUGCAUCACCAGCAGUAGGAACACUUGUGAACAUAUCUAUGAGUUUCCCCAGCUUUCCGAGGAUGUCAUUCGUCUGAUGAUUGAAAAUCCUUAUGAGACUCGUUCUGACAGCUUCUACUUUGUUGACAACAAGCUGAUAAUGCACAACAAGGCUGAUUAUGCCUAUAACGGAGGCCAGUAAACCGCUGCAGGAGUGGACAGGGAGGCGCUUUGCUGUGGCCCAAGUUCCUGGCACAUGGGGGUGCUUGAAGCUGCAGCUUAUCAACACACUCCCAGGAAGCCAAGACUGGGGUGGCAGUUUUCUGUGCUCCAAGAGAGUGCCAAGCAGUGCUGUGUUUUCUUCCCAGUAUUUUUUCUUCCCUUUUUCCCCCUGUCCCUUAGGUUGCAGCAGCGGUACUGUAGUAAAGUGAGAGAUUGAAAUACAGAUGAAAAACAACAUUUAUUUUCAUGGGCUCAUAGCUGCCUCCUGCUUGUCCUAAUGAGCCUGGGUCUCUCUGGGCACAGUUGUGCCAGGGUGAGAAGGCUCUGGUCAGCCGGCUUGUAGGUUAGCAGCUCUUAAGGUAGGGUCCUGGGUGUGGCGGGAAGCAGAAAGGUGGGCCUCUUCUGGGCAGCACCUCUCACUUCUGGUGUUGCCAUCAGCACUGUCUGACCUCAGCCUGUGCAUAGUCCUAAACCAAUUGGAAAAAUACUUAAAAGAGGGUGGAAGGGAGGAGAGGCGCCAAGAGUCAGGGCGCUAGGGAUGGAUGAGGCCUCCAAAUGGAGAGAUCCGUGUUGUAGAGAGGCCUGCUUAUCUGUCUGACAUCUGGGAUCAUCGGCCUGUCCUCUGGGGAUACACCAAGGUGCAGCCUGGCAGUGCCUUCCUGUUCUCAUUUUGGAAGAAAGAUGCACUUGCCCUGCUUCUGGCUCCUAACAUUUGAGUACUCUUCAGGUAGAAUGUGUUGGGUUUGUUCUUGGGAACAGUAGUAUCUUUUGAGGCCAGAACAGGCCUCACUGUAUUUUGUUUUUUAUUUCUAGGCUUCUUUUUGGGAGAUUUUAUAAGUGUCAGUGGUGUUCCCAGCGUGCGUUGUGUGUGGUUAGACUUCUGCUAGUGUUAAUCAGGCUCCUGGGGCUAAUCUGGCUCAUGUUGGGCCUGAGUAUAGUUACAAACCAGCAGCUACUUAAAAGAGUGCUGGUUUUCACUACAGAGCAUAGCCUGGAGGGUUGGCUUUUGAUGGGGAUUUGCCAGAGAACUCUCUGGAUUUCUUAUUUAGGAGGAUUUUCCUGUCUGCCUUUAUAUUGAGGUAGUUUCUGGAACCAUCCUGGCAGGUCAGAGUUAAGUAAUGCAUAUUCUGAUCCUUCAAACUCCUAAUUGGAAUUUUGGGUGUUUGGAAAGGGUGAAAUAGGCUGAUGUGGCCUAUCAGAGAGAUGUGUUCUCGGAAUACCUUCCUUGCGGUCCUGUGGGCUACUUUUGCCCUUAGGCCCUUAUCAGAUAGAUCUUGCCCCCUCAGCUCCCGUGCGGUUUUCCGACUGUGUAGGCGGCUAUAACGCUCAGCCUGAAUGCUGUGAUCCUCUGAUAAGAUUGUUGCAGUGGCCAGGAUUUAGCACUGACAGACAGGUAGCAGCAGGAAGAGCCUAGGGAUGUGGUAACAGUCCCUGUGCCCAAGAUGCUUGAGAGAAAGGUCAUGUGGGGCCAGCACGCUGCCACAAAAGCCCCAGGGUAUCCACUGACCAGGGUUGCCCCCUGAUUGGAUUCCAGAGCGUGAGUGGCCUUGAUCGGGGCUGUUUCAGAUGCUGGCAGCUUUCUCACUGAGAAAACCUUGGGUCAGCCCCUGUGUGCUGCCACUGGAUCCAGCCACCGAGUGAGGGAAGAGACUGUGUACCCUGUGGAAUGGGUUCUCAACGCCAGACAGAGUGAAUCUCAGAACUGGAGUCAGCACAAAUCCAGGUGCCUUACGUGUGGCUGCGUCUCAUGUGCUGCUGGGGAAAGCUGCAUCGCUCUCAUUCGCUCCUCAGCUGCGGACAGACGUCAGCACUGCCUCCCUCUGCUAUGUACUGUGGCUCCCCUAACAUACCUGUGCAUUCCUAUCGAGCUUCAGAACAACCAGUUCUCAGAAGCCCAUUGGUAGAGUUUCUACUUUUUGGUACUUAUCUAGGAGGUGGUUUCUGGAGCUGCCCAGAGCGGCUCAACAGAGUGUGUCUGGGUAGUGCGUUGCAGUGCAGCCUGUGUCUUGUAGAUAGUGGGCCAUCUUUUUCUCUGUAGUGUUAGCUUCUGCUAGGAGGAGGACCACGGGCAGAGGAGGCAGGCAUUCUGGCUUGAACAGUGCUGUGUCCCUGUCCUCAUCAGCUUGCUUUUGGUGUCACUGGAGACCAGGUUGAGGCCAGCUGCUCAGUCUGAACCCAGUGGGACAGGGAUUUGCCAUUUCCUGCUCCUGAAGGUCUGGUGUUCUCCAGACAUUUUUUGUACCUGCAACUACAAAUUCUUAUGUCUAGCUACUCAGGAAAUCUUGAGAAGCAUUGCCAUACCAGGGUGUUAACCAGGGUGAGUUUUAGAUACAAGCUUUUGUGCCUGAAUUGGGGAGAGAAUUGGAAGUCAUCUUUUGAAUGUAGUGGAAUCAAUCAGAAGUUGAAUCAGGAGGUCAUGUGAUUGAGGAAUCUGGACUAUACUCUAUACUGACAACAGUGGUCUUUUUUUUUUUUUU